AUGUCUGACUAUCGACACAUGAGAUCUGGGAGUCUCAACAUCCCUCCGCAGCCGAGCGCAAUGGCUCCUGCGCCCGGCGGCAGGUUCGACGGGCCUCGCAGCCCCCCAAAUACCUCGCAUGUCCCCUGCAAAUUCUUCCGGCAGGGCGCUUGCCAGGCCGGCACCGCUUGUCCGUUCAGUCACGAUCUCGGGAGUGCCGCCGAGACGGUGUGCAAGUACUUUGCAAAGGCUGCUCCGACGGCCACUGCUGCAAAGGCGCACAUGCCACGGUUGCGCUCUGAUCCAGCUGCUGUGUAUGGAUGGUUGCUGACUGUUCGCCUCACUUCGCAGGGCAAUUGCAAAUUCGGACCAAAGUGUGCCAACAUUCACAUGCUCCCCGACGGCCGGCGAAUCAACUACGGAAAGAAUGGUAUCACUGUCGGCCAGCCUCUACACUUGGGAGGUCGUACCAGCGCUGGUGCCGCGGCACCCUAUAACACCAGCAGCGCCCUCACCAACUCGUUCAUGAAAGCCGAUGCAGCCACCCCUUACGGCAACUUUGGCUAUCCAAUCUCGCCUGGCGGGGAUAGCCACCACCAGCUCGACCGCCAACCGAGCUUGGAGAACGGCCUGCCUACGAUCGAUACUACCUAUUCUCACACGGGCUCUCAGUAUGGCUCCCCUCGCGAAGAGGACCCCACACGGUUGGGCUUGGGCCUCUCGCCGAUAGGUGUAAAAGGCUUGUCUGUGCUGGAUGCCCCAUUGCCCGCAUCCUUUGAUUCCAACGGCAUCUCCAACGCAGCUCGCUAUCCUGCCGGUCCCUGGCCAUCGUCCGUCCCCUCGCAGUUCGGCCUCGAUUCACCCUCGCCUUCACUUAAUGCUGCCAAGGAUGCGCGAACUUCAGAAGCUCUGAAGCUUCUACACCGCUCUGCAUUCGGCAGCAACGACCACCUGUCCUCCACCGUAACCGCGUCUUCCCCGCCGGCCCAACCGACCGAUGAGUACUUUGGUAGGCGGCAGAUGCACUCGAGUCGCUAUGCCAAGCCCAAGCUGCUCAGUAGCAGUGCACCACGCGCCAUAAUAGGCGGCAUCGACCGGGACUGGGAUGCCGAGUUUCCUUUCCUUGAAGAAGACUAUGUACCGGACAACCUCAAGGAUCUCCUGACGCCUGCUGAGAAGGCCAGACGCGGCUCGCGGGCUGCCGACGACGAGAGCAGCGGGCAGCGGUCUGGAAAUGGAAUUGUGAGCGUGAGCGGCACCGGAACACCAAAUGCGGACCCCGCGUCCAAGUUCAGCAGCCCCGUGGCGGCGAGCCCCAGCCGCUGGGGUCCUCUGUUUCAACGUCAAAAGGAGGAGGAGGAUGCCAAGAAGAAUGCGUUGGCCACAAGUGGUGCCUUUGGUCACGUCGGGAGCCCCCUACGCAACUCUAUGCUGAACGAGGACAUCAUCCGACCACAUGGCAGCAGGUCAGACAGUGUAGAAGGACUCAGUGCACUUACCCAGCAGCUCCAGCGCACUCGCAUUGAUGCCAACGGGGACCAGUCGCCGCAUUUGCGCCCGAUUGCUGGACGUCCAACGAACGGCCGCGCAGGCGAACGCCACGUCAGCAGCAGCUCCAUCAGCUCCAGCGCCCGAUACACCACUCCCAUAGGCGAGGAGGACGGCGAAUUCGUGUUCAGCAUGGACGAGGAUGGAGACAGUACCGUCAGAGCCCGGAAGCGAACAUCCGGGUUUGGAUCCGCUGCAGGCCUUUGGGGCAACACCUAUGCCGGUGCUACCUCGGGAAAGAAAGACGACACCGCUCGCGUCGUGGAUGGCGUUGGGGGACGUUGA